CUGCAUCCGGCUGCUCCGAUAGCGCUUCCGCAGAGUAAAGUGCCGCACCGCCGUAUACGUCGCAACGGGACGCGCCGUGCGGGGUGGUAGAGCAGAAGGAGGGAGCGAUAGACAGACGGAGAGUGGAAGCGAGAAAGAAAGAACGCGAAGGGUGGUGUGUCACACUGGCGCGUCCACCGUCGAUUGAUACGUCCACGAGGGAGAUGUGAUGCGGCUCAUACGAUGGUGGACAACGAGUUCCCGGCCGCCGAGAAGAUCCUCCGUGACAUCGAGAAUACCGUCCGGAGAAAUCCCACCAUAAGGAGCUUCGUGAUCCUGCCUAUGGAGGACAGCGAGAACCGGUCGCCGGUGUUUCAUCAGGAGGACAGCUUGGGCCUGGCAUCAUGGUGCGUUCAGCCGCUCUAUGUGUACACUUAUCGCCGGCUGCUGGAGUAUCGGCGGACGCGUCAUCAGCGGCGCGAGGAACCCAGCACCGUGGCGAGAUGGCUAUUGGGCGCCCUUCUGUUCAAUCCGAGCGUGACCAUGUUCUGGAAUAUGCGGCGAGAACUGGUGCGCGCUGGCAGGUUGGACCCGCGCGACGAGCUGUCCUUCACGCGGCCGGUGCUCUAUCACACGCCAAAGUGCUUCGAGGCCUUCUCGUAUCGAAGCUGGCUGAUGCCGUUCAUCCUGGACGCCGAGCGGACCGACGUCGCCGAAGCACUUGCGAACGACGAGCUCGAGCUCGUGCAGACCUGCGCCGAUCGCUACGCGAACAACUACCACGCUUGGAGCUAUCGACGCCACUUGGUCACCCUGUUCGAGUCUCGCGGUUUACGGCAUUUCAGCUUCGAUAGCGAAUGGAUGAGCACGCUCAUUUGGUGCCGGCAACAUGUGUCCGAUCAUAGCGCGUACUCCUAUCGGCAGUUCCUGCUGCGAAAAUACAUCCUAGCAGUGAUCUCCUCGGGCAGGGAGACGCACGACAACUCCGGUUACCGCUCCAUCAGGUACGACGGCCCAUUCCUCUACAUGGGUCGUCACGACCUCGACGACGACGAACGGACGUUGCUGGAACGUAUUCGCGAGGUCGCGCGUCUGGAGCGUGAUCACGGUUACUUGACCACCGACGUUCGCAAACUUAGGUGUUACCUAACGGCGUUGUCAUACUGGACGGAAGAGUGCUUGUAUAACGAGCAAUACAUCACUUUGCACGACAAUCAUGAGACGUUGUGGUGCCACCGUAGGUUCCUGGCGUAUUUGAUCGCUGUUCUCACCGCCGCGUACGCGAGGCACGCCUGUUACCGCGAAGAUGAUUUCUGGGACGCUCGGUGUCACGAUGAGCCAUCACUCGCAUCGCUCCUUCGUGACAGACGUUUCACUACCGAUGACGACCUGUUAAUGGCGGCUCAUGUGAUGCUCGUCAAGUCCUUUUGCUCGGUUAGUGUCGGUAUCAUUGAGAUGGCGGUCAAGCGCCCGCAGGAAAAAAUGUUCAUCGAGAGAUUUUGCAAGUAUCUUGAGAGAAUAGGUUUGCGAUGAUCAGGAUUAGCGUGUGAGAUUUUGAACUUGACGAAGGCGCGAUGAACCGAUCGUAGGAUUUUUCUUAUC